CACCGCCUGCUGUCCCAUAGCCUAGUGAAGCCUGGCGGAGUGUGCCCGGAGUGACGCCUCCCGGUUUACUGUCGCUCUCGCCAUCGGAACAAAGAUGGUGUCACACAAUAUAGUUGUGGCGGCUGCCACGGCGGUACUCGGCCUCCUGAUUGGUGGUCUGAUUGGUUACUUUGGCAUUGACGCCUUCACGGGCGGCAACAAGAUGUGUCUCAGGAUGAUGGACAAACUGGUGGGAGACAAGUGGGACUCUGAACCUCAGCUGAACCACAGAAUAAUACAACUGGUCAACACAACCAACCUCAGGGACAACCUCAAAGAGCUGAGCAGGCGGCCCCACCUGGCCGGCACUGAGAGGGACGACCAGCUCGCUAACAUGAUUCGAGAUCGCUUCCUGAAGGAGGGCUUCGACACUGCUGAUCUUGUUCCUUAUGAUGUCCUUCUCUCUCGCCCCAACCACACCAACCCCAACCUAAUCACCCUUAUUGACGGUGAUGGCGAAGUUGUCUUCACAAGCGCCUACACGGAGACCCCGCUGCAGCAGGAUGAUGACGACCCGGAGUUCGUCCACGCCUUCAAUGCCUACACGCCUGCAGGGGACGUGGAGUCUGAGGCCGGGCGAGGCGUCGUGUACGCUAACUACGCCAGGGUUGAGGACUUCGACACGCUGGAGAAGCUCAACGUCAACGUCUCUGGCUGCAUCGUCAUCGCUCGCUAUGGCAAGAUCUUCAGAGGCAACAAGCUGCUGCACGCCCAGGAGCGAGGAGCCAAGGGUUUGAUCCUGUUCUCGGACCCCGAGGAUGUGGCCCAGGAGGGAGUGGAGCCCGAGAAGGUGUACCCCAACACCUGGUGGCUUCCUGGCACCGGCAUGCAGAGAGGAACCACGAACUUGAUGGGUGACUUACUCACACCUGGCUGGCCUUCUACAGCUCACGCCUACAGACUUAAGAUAGAGGACGCCAAGCUGCCGAAGAUCCCCUGCCAGCCCAUAGGCUACAACGACGCUCGAGUUCUUCUGGAGAAGAUAGGUGGUGCCCCGGCCCCGGGGGCGUGGAAGGGCGGCCUGACGGGCGUGGCGUAUAACCUGGGGCCGGAGCUCCUGGACCAGUACCGUUCCUACCGCCUCAGACUCAACACCCACAAUACCCUGCAGGUUCACCGCUCCUACAACGUUAUCGCCACCAUCAGGGGAGACGUGGAGCCUGACCGCUACGUGCUGUUGGGGAACCACCGUGACGCCUGGGGGUACGGGGCCGCUGACCCCUCCAGCGGCACCGCCCAAAUGCUGGAGACAGCCAGAGUCCUCGGCCAGCUCAUCACAGAAG